UUUUUUUUUUUUAUUAAGCUCAAUCACAGUAAAAAAAAAAAUGUCUAAUAUUAAUGAAAAACUUGCAAACAUUGCAACAAUCCCUUCUCAAAAGGAUAAAACUGCAGAAUAUCGUUCUUUACUUGAAAAUAUUUUACCUUCAAAUGACGCUUUACUCGCAGAUAGUUUAGAAGCUUUCGUCGAACAUAUUGUACAAGAACAAGUUGGCUUGGUAAUUUCUCGUCAAGUAUUAAGUGAUUUUGUACAAGGUGUCGAUAAAAUUAGUAAUCCGGAAAUUAAGAAACGUGUUCUUCACUUUGCUUUAAAUAAAGUUCAACCUAGAGUUGUUAGUUUUGAAGAACAGAUUUCAGCACUUCGCGAGAAAUUGGCAGAAAUCUAUGAAAAUGAGGAAGACUGGGUUGAAGCAGCAAAAGUAUUACAAGGAAUUCCACUAGAUUCUGGACAUCGAACGAUACCUGAAGAAUAUAAAUUAAAAAUUUAUAUCAAGAUUGUCCAACUUCUUUUGGAAGAAGAUGAAGCAGUAUCAGCUGAAACAUAUCUUAGCCGUGCUGCUUUAUUAAUUCCUAGUUGUAAAGAUCAAGUGAUUAAUCUUACAUUUAAACUUUCACAAGCCAAGAUAUUUGAUUUCAAAAGAAAAUUCUUGGAAGCCAGUUCAAAAUAUCAUGAAUUAAGUUAUGUUUCGGAGUUGGCACCGGAGGAUCGCACAAAUUGUCUGAAUGCAGCCAUAACAUGUGCGGUGUUGGCAGGAGCAGGGCCACAACGUUCACGCAUGUUGGCAACACUUUAUAAGGAUGAACGUGUUCAACGCUUACCACAUUUUCCAAUUCUUGAGAAAAUGUACCUUGAUCGAGUAUUAAGACCAAAUGAGGUUAAAGGAUUUGCAGAAACACUUAAAGAUCAUCAAAAAGCAAGAUUAGCAGAUGGUACAACAGUGCUUGAUAGGGCUGUCAUUGAACAUAACCUUUUAUCGGCUUCAAUGAUUUAUAAUAAUAUUACAUUUGAAGAACUCGGCUCUUUACUUGCAAUUUCUCCCGAUCAAGCAGAACAAAUUGCAAGCUCAAUGAUUGAACAGGGUCGUAUGCAAGGUACAAUUGACCAAAUCGAAAGGUUAAUAUUCUUUGAAAGUAGUUACGGAGGUGGCCAUGGUAAAUCUGUUGGAGGUGUGCUGGGAGCUAAAUGGGAUUUAUCUAUACAGAAUGUUUGUCAUCACGUAGAAGAAGUUGUAAUUGCCAUAGGAGCAAAAUAUCCUGAUCUUAUGCAAAAAUCAACUUUUUAGACCCCUAGUUACUUGUCUUUUAAUGGAAUUAAAAUAUUAAUAAAAGUUUAUUAUUUAUAAAUUUUGC